UUGACCACCAUGUUGAUUAACAAUAAGUGAGCCUUGCAGUCUUGCUUUUGAUAUAAAUUAAAAUAUACCAUGCCAAGCAUUCACUUUCUCUUUUUCUACAUAAAAUCAUUUAAGUAAACAUUAUAAAGCCUUUUAUACGUUUUCGGGAUGUUGUUUAUGGUAUCAAUUAAUGUAAUGUAGAGUGACCUAAUUGGUAAGUAACGAAUAUAAUGGCCGGCACACAUUUGGGAAAUUUACAUAUCUGUCGGUGGUUGCUAGGGGAAGUGACGUCACUGACCAACCCGCUUUCACGACGAAGGAAAAAAAACUAGCCUUACGAUUCGGGUGAGCUGAAAGAGUACUGCUGAGAGGUUUAAAUCCAUCCUAAUCCUCUCGUUUUUUUGAUUAAAAUGACAUUUCAAAGAUUUAGAACAUAAACUACGCUCUUUGUACUAUCGAUUGAUACCAAAAUUAUAAGUCUUCGUUUCUCGGACAAAGAAAAAAGGGAUGGUGAAUUUUGGAUUGUUCAGAAGAGACCGAUUCUGGGAAAGAAGAAUUGAGAAUUAGUAGAUUGUCAAACACUUAAGGAAAGUGGUAAAAUAGACAAUAGGUGGAAACCUAAGUGUAUUUAAGACAAGGAAACGUUGAAUUUAGCCAGCGACAAAAUGGAACUUCGAGUGGGGAACCGAUACAGACUAGGCAGAAAAAUCGGAAGUGGAUCGUUCGGUGACAUCUAUUUAGGCACGGAUAUUUCUGUGGGUGAAGAGGUUGCCAUUAAGUUGGAAUGCGUGAAGACCAAGCACCCCCAGCUCCACAUCGAAAGCAAGAUCUACAAAAUGAUGCAAGGAGGAGUGGGUAUUCCAACUAUAAAAUGGUGUGGAGCAGAAGGUGACUACAAUGUAAUGGUGAUGGAGCUGCUGGGACCCAGCCUGGAGGAUCUCUUCAACUUUUGCUCCCGCAAGUUUAGCCUCAAGACUGUCCUGCUCCUUGCCGACCAGAUGAUUAGUCGCAUUGAGUACAUUCACUCCAAGAACUUCAUCCACAGAGAUGUGAAGCCAGAUAACUUUCUGAUGGGGCUGGGCAAAAAGGGCAACUUGGUGUAUAUUAUUGACUUUGGCCUGGCUAAGAAAUAUCGUGACGCCCGCACUCACCAGCACAUCCCCUACCGCGAGAACAAAAACCUGACUGGAACUGCACGAUACGCCUCAAUCAACACCCAUCUGGGGAUUGAGCAGUCAAGGCGUGACGAUCUGGAGUCCUUGGGCUAUGUCCUUAUGUAUUUUAAUUUGGGCUCCCUCCCUUGGCAAGGCCUGAAGGCUGCCACCAAGAGGCAAAAGUAUGAACGCAUUAGUGAGAAGAAAAUGUCCACCCCCAUUGAGGUUCUAUGCAAGGGAUACCCAUCUGAAUUUGCAACCUACCUGAAUUUUUGCCGUUCCCUGCGCUUUGACGACAAACCAGACUACUCAUACCUACGGCAGCUUUUCCGGAACCUUUUUCACAGACAGGGAUUCUCUUAUGACUAUGUGUUCGACUGGAAUAUGCUCAAGUUUGGAGCUAACCGUGCAGCAGAAGAGGCAGAGAGAGAGCGCCGUGACCGGGAAGACAGGCUAAGACAUGGCAGGAACCCAGCAACCAGAGGAGUACCUGCUGCAUCGGGGCGACCUCGGGGAGCCCAAGAUGGAGCCCCAGCCACCCCACUAACACCCACUUCACAUACAGCUUCUCCACGUCAAGCAUCUGGCAUGGAGCGUGAGCGAAAAGUCAGCAUGAGACUGCACCGCGGUGCCCCUGUCAACGUCUCCUCUUCAGAUCUUACUGGCCGGCAAGACACCUCUCGCAUGUCCACCUCACAGAAUAGCAUUCCCUACGAACAUCACGCCAAGUAGACGCUCGCCACAUACUUGUAUGACCGUGGCAACACUGGAUGGUGUCAAGCGCACUGCCUGCUGGUCUCCAUCCUCUAGCUCCUCGAUGAGCCAGUCUCAAGUAGCCUUGCAGUCCAGUCCACGCCCACUGAGACACAAACAGACACUAAUAGUACUACGGCCACUCUGAAUUACUACUGCAACAGCUACCAUGGGAAGCCACCUCACUUCAACCAGCUAACUGGAAGUGCUUUCUUACUGACUGCUCUCAGUACCGUCACCUUAUAUUGUUAACUCUUUCCCCUUAGCCACCCCCAGCCCCUUUUGUUGUUGUUGUCUCAGUCUGAGUGUUGGACUUCAGGACUGUUUUCUGUCCACUUUUGCAGGAGAUAUCCGGACAAGCUGCACUGCCCCUCCCCAAUCAGGUCACACGUUUUUUCUAAGCAUGUCUAAAGACAAUGAUUGUGUCCAGGGCAAACAUGGCAACUUGCUAGUCCUUUCAUUGAUAAUCUACAAACUGUCUUUGAGUCCAACUACAGACUCAAUUGAUGGUUCGCUCAAUGUUUCUACUGUAUUAUCAUGCUAAUCAAUAAAAUGUCUCAUUUUUUUGUAGUAGUAGUAGUAGUUUAAGGGUGUGUAUAGAUAAAUACACACAUGCACACAUACGGUGAAUGUACCAAACAUGCUUUGGUAUUUCAGACGCAGGAGGCUUAUUGUAUUCUCCUUUUCGUUAAAAUGCAUAAUCAUUUCUUGUCCACAGUGCAGUGUUCAGUGGGCCCUGUUCCCUUUCUUAGUGUUGUACCAAACAACUGCACUUUAUGAAGGGUGGCAAGAGCUUCAUUUGACACUUUUGACCAGACUUCUAUUCACUGUGUACAGAUAAAACAUUUUGCGCCAUCUUAUUUGUAUUGUUUUAAAGCUGUGAAAUACUUGCAAUGUAGAUGUGUAAAUAUCUUUGUCUUUGAUUUCCUUCCUUCCGAGUUAGGGAUGAGUCUCGGCGUUCUUUUGAAGCUUUGGUUUAGGAGAGGCCAGCUGCAGCAAGGUUAGGCAGCCCUGAGUGUAGUGUCUACUUGUCGGUGUGUGUCCUGUCACCCCACCCCUGCACUCCCCUCCCUUUUUGUCACAGCAGUGCUAGUCACAGGCACUGUACUGAAUGUGGCCCACUCUUUUUCAUACACUUGGCUGUUAGGGGUACUGUUGUGAGUAUGAGAGUUGAUUUUCCCCUGUGCCCCUUGAGCAAUGCAAGCCUCUAAAAUUUCCACUAUUUGAAAUGACACAUUGUAAAGAACAAAGUUUCAUCUUUUUUGCAGGCUUUCCCAGCAGCAUUACCCCCCCCCCCUCUCAUUUUGGAUACAAAUGUCCCGGACACCUGGCUGUGAGUCACCAUGUCAGUUGAAAUAAUGCCGUCAUUGUUUCUGCUGGCCGCCCUCUAAUUUUUGAUUUUGACAUGUUUUCGGUCAGCAAAUUGAAGAAAAUAAGUAACCGGGCCAGCAACAUUUGUUCUGACAUUUAUAUUUGCCACUGUAUUUGUGUACUUAAAUUGUAAAUAAAUAACUCCUUGUAA